AAAGAGAGUGAGAGCCAGGAUGCGAUUGCCGUAUCGUAAUAAAAAGGUCACCCUGUGGGUGCUCUUUGGCAUCAUUGUCAUCACGAUGUUCCUAUUCAAAUUUACCGAACUGCGCCCCACCUGCCUCUUCAGAGUGGAUGCCACCAACAACGAGCUGUCCUCCCAAAUGGUUCGCGUUGAGAAAUACGUCACGGAUGACAAUCAACGCGUUUAUUCAUAUAACCGGGAGAUGCCUUUAAUAUUCAUAGGCGGCGUGCCCAGAUCUGGUACGACGCUGAUGCGCGCCAUGCUGGAUGCCCAUCCCGAUGUGCGCUGCGGGCAGGAAACGCGCGUCAUUCCACGCAUCCUGCAAUUGCGCUCGCACUGGCUAAAGUCCGAGAAGGAGUCGCUCCGGCUGCAGGAGGCCGGCAUCACCAAAGAGGUCAUGAACAGUGCCAUAGCGCAGUUCUGUCUGGAAAUCAUUGCUAAGCAUGGCGAGCCGGCGCCCCGUUUAUGUAACAAGGAUCCGCUGACGCUGAAAAUGGGCUCCUAUGUCAUCGAGCUCUUUCCGAACGCUAAAUUCCUGUUCAUGGUGCGCGACGGCCGGGCGACAGUUCAUUCGAUUAUAUCGCGCAAGGUGACAAUCACCGGAUUCGAUUUGAGCAGCUACCGCCAGUGUAUGCAGAAAUGGAAUCACGCCAUCGAGGUGAUGCACGAACAGUGCCGGGAUAUCGGCAAGGACCGCUGCAUGAUGGUCUACUAUGAACAGCUGGUGCUGCAUCCAGAGGAGUGGAUGCGCAAGAUAUUGCAAUUCUUGGAUGUGCCAUGGAACGAUGCGGUCCUGCAUCACGAGGAGUUCAUCAACAAGCCGAACGGGGUGCCGCUCUCCAAAGUGGAGCGUUCAUCGGAUCAGGUCAUCAAGCCGGUGAAUCUGGAGGCGCUUUCCAAGUGGGUGGGCCAGAUACCGGGCGAUGUGGUGCGCGAUAUGGCCGAUAUAGCGCCCAUGCUGUCCGUGCUCGGCUACGAUCCGUAUGCGAAUCCGCCGGACUAUGGUAAGCCAGAUGCAUGGGUGCAGGACAACACGUCGAAGGUGAAGGCAAAUCGAAGACUGUGGGAAAAUAAGGCCAAGCAAGUGCUCCAAAUGAAUCCCAGGUCGAGUGAGGACACUGAUAACGACAACCCCAACAAUAUAAUUAACACUAGCAACAACAACAACAACAACAAAAAUAAUAAUAAUAAUAAUAAUGAUAUGAACGAUAAUAAUCUGUACAAUAUCAAUAAAAUUAUACCAGUAGAAGAACAAGAACAGCAGCAGCAUCAACUGCCGAGACACCAUCAGGAGCAUGAGCAACAACAUCGGCAGCAGGACCAUCAGCAUCAAAAAAAAGAAUACGUUCGAGAAGAGGAACAGGAACAGGAACCGGAAGACGAACAACAAUUGUUGCAUCAAAAGCCAAAGGAUGUCAUUACGAUAAAGCAGCUGCCAUUACAGUUCAGUGGCAGCAUCAGUAACAGCAACAACAAAAACAACAACAACAACAAAAACAAUAACCACAACAACCAGAAUGGCCCACUGGCGGAUACAUGAUAUCCGCAUAUACCCAUAAGACUGCCACGUGGCAAGCACUGAGAGAACGCGGAAACUUUGAUAAUGAUAAUGAUAACAAUGAGAGAUGUAUAUGUAGAUGUUGUUGGAUGAUGUGGUGCGCACAGACACCCAAAACAUACACACACACACACAAAUGCAAACCAAUUUUAAAUUGUA